AUGGCCUCCAAAAUCAAGCGAUUCCAAGUGCCAGCCGGGGCAACAGCUCAAGUCAGUAUCAUCGAUUCCACAACCAAAAUCAACAAAAUUCGUGCCGAAUAUCUCAUGGGACCUGCCAUGUCCGGACUGGAGUACAUGCCCGAAAUCCCCACUUGGUCCUUCCUGGUCGAGAGCGCGACGGGUCGCAAGGCACUUUACGACUUGGGCGUGCCUCCAAAUUGGAAGGAAUUCGCUCCCACCGUGGUCGAGACGCUGCACAAACGAGGCUGGGAGAUUGAGGCCGAGAUACAUGUCGUGGACAUUCUCAAAGAGAAUAGAGUCGAUCCGACGGAUAUCAACGCUAUUGUUUGGAGUCAUUGGCAUUGGGACCACCUUGGGGACCCCUCUACAUUCCCCCCAAAUACAGAGCUCGUUGUCGGACCCGGUUUCAAGGAAGCAUUCUUUCCGGGAUGGCCAGCAAAGCCGGACUCGCCGGUUCGGGAAAGUGAUUUCAUAGGACGCUCUGUACGAGAAGUCGAAUUCGGGCAAGACUCCAUCCAAAUUGGGCAGUUCAAAGCAAUCGAUUUCUUUGGCGAUGGAUCAUUUUACCUACUAGAUACACCAGGUCACGCUAUUGGUCAUCUAGGAGGUCUAGCACGUACCACCUCCAACCCUGACACAUUUAUGUUCUUUGGUGGAGACUUGUGUCACCAUGGCGGCGAAAUUCGACCAUCACCAUAUCUCCCUCUACCGAAGCAAAUCGAUCUCCAUUUCCCAGGCCUUUCGAGAAUGAGUUGUCCGGGUGCAGACCUUGAAGCGUUGCAAACAUCACGUGCGCGAAAGAUCGAUGAACCAUUCUUCGAUCCGGCAAUGGGUUUGUCAAUUGAGGAAGCGAUUCGAACCAUCAAGAAGACACAGGAAGCUGAUGGAGACGAUGAUGUGCUCUUCAUCUAUGCGCAUGACAGCUCCGUGCGUAGAGUGGCAGACUUGUUCCCCUUGAAAGCCAAUGAUUGGAAAGCAAAGGGUUGGCGGGAAAAGAUGUUGUGGGAUUUCUUGAAUGAUUUUCGAGAGGCCAUGUCAAGAUAUCCCAAAUGA